AUGAGAGAAGCCAAUCAGUCGCUUGUAACUGACUUCAUUCUUUUGGGUUUCUCCAAUCUCCAUGAAUUUCAGAUCAUCCUGUUUAUGAUUUUCCUUGUAGUAUACCUAAUAACCUUGAUAGAAAGCUCCCUCUUAGUGUUGGUCUCCACUGUGGACCCUGCCCUUCAAACCCCCAUGUACUUUUUCCUCAGGAACCUGUCCCUUAUGGAUAUCGGUUACACCACUGUCAUCAUCCCCAAAAUGCUCACCAAUUUCCUGUCCAAGGAUAAAAGCAUUUCCUUUGGUGGCUGUGCAGCCCAGAUGUAUUUUGCCUUCUUUUUCGGGCUCUCAGAGUGUUGGAUCCUGACAACUAUGGCUUAUGACAGACAGGCUGCCAUCUGUGACCCACUCUGCUAUUCGCUCAUAAUGAACCAGAGGUUCUGUUUGCAGCUGGCCCUGGCUUCCUGGCUAACAGGGAUUCCAGUGGCAACAAUACAGACUACCAUGAUGUUUACAUUGCCUUUCUGCGGGCCUAAUGUGAUUAGUCAUUUCGUCUGUUAUAGCCCUCCUCUCUUAGAUCUGGUGUGCACGGACAUUUUUGCACUUGAGGUAUACAGUAUAACUGGAAGUGUGAUCAUCCUGAUACUCCCAUUUGGAGUGAUCAUUGUAUCUUACGUCCGCAUCCUCGUCACCAUCCUGAAGAUGUCCUCCGCCGAGGGCCAUUGCAAAGCCUUCUCCACCUGCUUGUCCCAUCUCAUUAUGGUCUCACUGUUCUUUGGGGCUGUGGGUUCGACUUAUUUCCAAGUGAAAGCCUCCUACUCUCCUGAGAUCAAGAAGGUGCUUUCUCUCUCCUAUUCAGUCUUCACUCCCAUGCUAAAUCCCCUGAUAUACAGUCUGAGAAAUCAAGAGGUGAAAAGUGCUCUGAAGAGGAUUCUGGGUAGAAGGAUAUCUUCCCAAGAUCUGAGAGUCUUCCUUGGACUCAGCACAGCCCACAGCCCCGCUUCUCCAAAAGGGCAAAGCCCUCCGGUAUGCACUCGGCAUUCUAUGGAUCAGAGCAUCUUGAGUCUUGACUCUUCUUGCCUAUGGUCAAUAUGCAUUGAACAUCAUUUCACAUCAUUCAACGCCUGCAACCAAGGUUCAACUCCUGCAGCCAGCCCCUUGGUGCUUGAAAUAUUUGUGAGGAUUCAGAUCCCAAACUUAUUUUUCUUCUGA